CUGAAACACUGACAGUGCACACCCCAUGGACAUAAUAAAUAGAAUAAGUGUUUUGUGUGAAAUUUUGUGAUUUUUUUAAAUGCGUGUACGUGUGUGAGUGUCUGUGUUUUUUUAAAUAUAUAUAUAUAUAUAUGCUCAUUCGAAAAAAAGAGAACAAAAUAAGAAUACCAGUGUAUUUUAUUGGUGUCAUUACAAUAAUCACUGAAUAUUUGUACUUCGGCACGCGUUGUUACAAUUCUUUUUUUUAAAUGGUGGAUUACUACAAUUACAAGAUGUCAGGAAGCGAGGAGGAGUUCGAGUCUCAAACCCAAUCAGGGAUGAGCAAGGCCGAACUUAGAAGGAGCAACAAGCCAAUAAUGGAAAAACGAAGGCGCGCGAGAAUAAAUCAAUGUCUGGACGAGCUCAAGGGACUCAUUCUUGAAGCAAUGAAAAAAGACCCUGCUCGUCAUUCAAAAUUGGAAAAAGCUGAUAUACUGGAAAUGACAGUGAAGCAUCUCCAAACGGUUCAGCGUCAACAAUUGAGCACAGCUGUCGCAACAGACCCUGCAGUAUUGACAAAAUUUCGAACGGGUUUUUCCGAAUGCGCAACGGAAGUAUCACGUUACGUCAGUCACCUCGAGAACGUCGAACCGGCCGUAAAGCAGAGACUUGUCUCUCAUCUCAAUAAUUGCGUGACGAAUUUACAACAAAUGGCGCCGUUCUACAGUCAUUACGUGCCAUACAUGCCGGAGAGGCUCUAUCCAGAAGUUAAGGUCGGUUUUCAGAGCGAUUUUCAAAGUGGCGACGAGAAUAACAAUGGCAGCGCACGAAUACAAAUACCGAGCGGUGUACAACUAAUACCAAGCAGACUUCCAACUGGAGAAUUGGCGCUCCUGGUACCACAGUCAGCUGGAAUCGCUGCCAACUUUCCAUUCUUUCCACCAGCUGGGGAAUCCACGUCGAGAAUUGGACAGUCCUCUGCCUUUACUGCUGUUCAUCACAGAUCUCACAGUCCUCUGCUGAGUCCAUCCACCUCGACCUCGAGCUUCGGGGAGGAAAGUCAUCACUCGGAGCAGUGUCAUCAUUCGGCUCAUUCGCCAAACAAUCAUCGCUUCAAAGUACCAGAACCGAGCCCGGCGUCAUCCAAGAGCUUCUCCUCGCCUGAAACGCAGAAGCCACAGAUCAGCUCCAGCAGUGAUCGUAAAUCGCCUGAACCAAAAAAUGAUCUCAUCGGGCGUGGAAUAUCAGCACAGAAUCCUGUUCCUGAAUCAACCAAGGCUGGCAAUGCUCCAUCAUCCUCGUUGCAAAACCUCAGGCAACCCUUAUCCGUUAUCACUGAUAAGACUUACAAUAGAUCAGCUAUGUUCCCCAAGAAGGAAGGACUUAAGCGACACCAUUCGGACGGACUUCUAGUAAUUUCGGAUAAGAGACCCAAAUGUUAUGAGGCUUCCAGUUCCGGUACUGUGGCCAGUGCUUCCACUUCCGCUAUGUCAAAAUCUAUGGACGAACGAUCUGUCUCUGUUGAGGAUUUUUCGGGAAGAAGAGCAGCCUCGUUUGGUAUGUCAAAUACUAAUGGAGAUUCUGGACAAUCUUCCAAUGCUGGUGCUGCUGGACCUUCUGGUACUAAUGGAGACAUGUGGAGACCUUGGUAAGAACGAUAUGAAGAAAAGGGACCAGUAUGCGGAUAGGAAAGUAUUGGAAGAUGAAGCAAGUGAAGAAAAUCAAAGAAGACGGAAUGAAGAGGACGUAAAUUUUUCUAAAUGAGAAAAUUAAAGACUGUUUGUUAUUUUAUAAUUUAGUAUUACGAGUAUUGGCAAGAGCGAGUGCCAUUUUUUAAUUUUUUUUUACGUUGUUCGAGUUAUUGUACCUUAUUAAAUAUUAUGUUUUGCGUAUGAUUUUUUUAGUUUAAUUUGCCAAUUCUUUAUACAAUUUUUGAUCGUUAAGUACUCGAUUGUUUUGCGAUUGUUAUGCUAAACUUUUAUAAGAGAUUAGAGGUAAAAAACAAAAUAUCGAGGUAAGAGGUUUUAUCUCGAUGAAAAAAAGUUCAUAUCGUUUUAGCAAGAUUUCAUGUAUUUAUUUAAAAAAUUUGAUAUUUCUUAAGAAACACAAAAGAAGGGUAGUGCGCAUGCUCACACAAUUCUGAUAGAAACUCUGUACCAAAAAUCCUCAAAAUCCUACGUUUAAUCACUAUACGAAUUAAAUAUUCUUUUAACACGUAAGGAAUGAGAAUUCUAAGCUUUAAAGUUACUAAUUCUUCCUGUAGAAGUAAUCGCGUAAAUUGUAAAUACCACUGUAAAUAAUCAUUCACGUAAUUUAAUACACCAAUUAAUGAUACGAUAAAUACUACGCGUAAUUUCUCAACUUUCCAGGUGAUCGAAAUCGGUCAGUACUCGUAAAACCAUAGUAGUAUUAUGUUUUUGUGAUAAAUAUUGUGUA